AUGUUAACCAGGCUGUAUUAUUCCCCUCACUGACUCUUAAUAGGAGGGCCAGCUGUGAAGUGUGUUCAUAACGGCUCUUCCCAAAAUGGAUACCGGGCUGCUUUUCCUAGCUUUGCUCCUCAGAGAAGUUUCAGUUUCAGAAACCCAAGGGACCCUCGCCACUCCGCCCGCUUACAGUUCUCUCCCUGCUGCCUCCCCCAGUAACAUCAAUACUUACCCAGGCAGUACAACAGCUGGUAUAUCUGGCAGCACAACACACACUGACUUCUUAACCACCUCUACCCCACAUCAUACAGCCACUUCUAUCAAAAGUACCCUAACCACCCCUACCCCAGAUCACACAACCUUUGCCAUCACAAGUAUUUUAACCACCCCUACCCCAGAUCUUACAAUCACCCCUACCCCAGAUCAUACAGCCACUUCUAUCACAACUACCCUAGCCACCCCUACCCCUGAUCACACAACCACUGCAAUCACAACUACCCUAACCACCCCUACCCCUGAUCAUUCAACCAAUGCUAUCACAACUACCCUAACCACCUCUACCCCAGAUCACACAACCUUUGCCAUCGCAAGUAUUUUAACCACCCCUACCCCAGAUCUUACAAUCACCCCUACCCCAGAUCAUACAGCCACUUCUAUCACAACUACCCUAACCACCCCUAUCCCAGAUCACACAACCUUUGCCAUCACAAGUAUUUUAACCACCCCUACUCCAGAUCUUACAAUCACCCCUACCCCUGAUCAUUCAACCAAUGCUAUCACAACUACCCUAACCACCUCUACCCCAGAUCACACAACCUUUGCCAUCGCAAGUAUUUUAACCACCCCUACCCCAGAUCUUACAAUCACCCCUACCCCAGAUCAUACAGCCACUUCUAUCACAACUACCCUAACCACCCCUAUUCCAGAUCACACAACCUUUGCCAUCACAAGUAUUUUAACCACCCCUACUCCAGAUCUUACAAUCACCCCUACCCCUGAUCAUUCAACCAAUGCUAUCACAUCUACCCUAACCACCUCUACCCCAGAUCACACAACCUUUGCCAUCACAAGUAUUUUAACCACCCCUACUCCAGAUCUUACAAUCACCCCUACCCCUGAUCAUUCAACCAAUGCUAUCACAACUACCCUAACCACCCCUACCCCUGAUCACACAACCUUUGCCAUCACAACUAUUUUAACCACCCCUACCCCAAGUACCCAAACCACCACUGUCACAACUACCCUAACCAUCCCUAUCCCAACUAACCAAACCACCACUGUCACAACUAACCAAACCACCACUGUCCCAACUAACCAAAUCACCACUGUCCCAACUAACCUAACCACCCCUAUCCCAACUAACCAAACCACCACUGUCCCAACUAACCAAACCACCACUGUCCCAACUAACCAAGACACCACUGUCCCAACUAACCAAGCCACCACUGUCCCAACUAACCAAGACACCACUGUCCCAACUAACCAAACCACCCCUAUCCCAACUAACCAAGCCACCACUGUCCCAACUAACCAAACCACCACUGUCCCAACUAACCAAGACACCACUGUCCCAACUAACCAAACCACCCCUAUCCCAACUAACCAAGCCACCACUGUCCCAACUAACCAAACCACCACUGUCCCAACUAACCAAACCACCACUAUCCCAACUAACCAAACCACCACUGUCCCAACUAACCAAACCACCACUGUCCCAACUAGUCAAACCACCUCUAUCCCAACUAACCUAACCAGCCCUAUCCCAACUAACCUAAACACCCCUAUCCCAACUAACCAAGCCACCACUGUCCAAACUAACCAAGCCACCACUGUCCCAACUAACCUAACCACCCCUAUCCCAACUAACCAAACCACCACUGUCCCAACUAACCAAACCGCCCCUAUCCAAACUAACCUAACCACCCCUAUCCCAACUAACCAAGCCACCACUGUCCCAACUAACCAAACCACCCCUAUCCCAACUAACCUAACCACCCCUAUCCCAACUAACCAAGCCACCACUGUCCCAACUAACCAAACCACCACUGUCCCAACUAACCAAGACACCACUGUCCCAACUAACCAAACCACCCCUGUCCCAACUAACCAAGCCACCACUGUCCCAACUAACCAAACCACCACUGUCCCAACUAACCAAGACACCACUGUCCCAACUAACCAAACCACCCCUAUCCCAACUAACCAAGCCACCACUGUCCCAACUAACCAAACCACCACUGUCCCAACUAACCAAGACACCACUAUCCCAACUAACCAAACCACCCCUAUCCCAACUAACCAAAUCACCACUAUCCCAACUAACCAAACCACCCCUAUCCCAACUAACCAAACACCAUGUCCCAACUAG